GGAUUAUCACACACUCCCGCUGAUGAUGAUAAUCAUGAUAAUAAUAAUUCUGAAGAUGAGAUGACAUUUCACACUGACAACAAGCACUGGAAGUGUCCUCAGUGUGGGAAAGUUUAUGCAUAUAAGAGCCAUUUGAAGCGGCACAUGAGAAUACACACCGGUGAGAAACCUUUUGCCUGCUCAGAAUGUGGCCAAACAUUCUCUCAGAAGGGAAGCUUAAAACGUCACACAAGUAUACAUACUGGUGAGAAAUUGUUUGUCUGCUCAGUUUGUGGACAAAGAUUCUCUGAGAAGGGAACCUUAAAAAUACACUCAAGAACCCACACUGGUGAGAAACCUUUUGUGUGCUCACUUUGUGGCCAAAGUUUCUCUCAGAAAGGGAGCUUAACAAUGCACAUAAGAACACACACUGGUGAGAAACCUUUUGUCUGCUCGGUUUGUGGCCAAUGUUUUUCUCAGAGGGGUAGCUUGACAAUGCACAGAAGAACACACACUGGUGAGAAAGCUUUUUCCUGCUUAGUUUGUGGGCAAAGAUUCUCUGAGAAGGGAAGCUUAAAAAUACACACAAGAACGCACACUGGUGAAAAGCCUUUUGCCUGUUCAGAUUGUGGCCAAUGUUUCUCUCUGAAGGGACACUUAAUUUAUCACAUGAGAACACACACUGGUGAGAAACCUUUUGCCUGCAUGGACUGUGGCCAAAGAUUCUCUUGGAAGGUACACUUAAUAAGUCAUACAAGAACCCACACUGGUGAGAAACCCUAUGCCUGCUCAGUUUGUGACAAAAGAUUCUCUCUGAAGGGACAUUUAAUUUACCACACAAGAACACACACCGGUGAGAAACCUUUUGCUUGCCCCGUUUGUGAUCAAAGAUUCACUCAGAAGGGACACUUAAGUUGCCACACAAGAAUCCACACUGGUGAGAAACCAUUUGCCUGCCCAGAUUGUGGCCGAAGAUUCACUCGGAAGGUCAAGAGACACAAUUGUGCCGGUAAAAAACGCAAUCAACAUGUAGCUGCAAAUGAAAGUGUUACUGUUUAAAACUGAACAUAUUU